CAAGCUGGUGGUCUCGGCCUUCUCGAGUCCGUACCUUCUGAGUGCUCGGAAAUGGGAACUGGGCCUCCUCUGAUAGUUCAUGAAGCCAGUACCCAAACCCAAGUUACUACAGGGCAUGACAAAGCACAAAGCCAAAUUCCAUCUGAAGAACCAAGUGCAACAAAGCCCAGGCCUGGUCCUUCCCACAGAGAGACAGCUGCUGGAGCAGAAGGGGCUCAGGAACGCACAGUUCCCAUCACCAGAACAUCACCAGCCACGGGGGCAGGAGACUGGUAUAGAAGAGAAGGAGAUGUUGUCUGGGAUGUGCACAGUGAAGUUUAUAUUGAGACCACGGAAAGAACUUGUGUGUAUAAGACUGAGGAGAAGAUGCCAACAAGUGCACCCUACAUGCAAGUGACAAUAGAGGAUGUGCAGGUGAAUUCUGGGGAGCGUGCCAAAUUUCAGGCAGUGAUUGAAGGAAACCCUCAGCCUACUGUUCUGUGGUUUAAGGGCACUUCCUUGUUGACAGACAGCCACAGGCUCCAUCAAGUGAGGGAAGGAACAACAUAUUUCUUAGUCCUGGACAAUGUUGUCUCAGAAGACGGUGGUGUUUAUACUUGUGUUGCCAAAAAUGCUGGAGGAGAGGUUUUGUGCAAAGCAGAGCUUAUUGUGCGUGAAGCUAAGAAAGACCAAGCAGCAAAGAAAGUGGCCACCCGGAGAAAGCUUCAUUCCCUCUAUGAGGUUAAGCAGGAGAUUGGAAGAUGCUCCAGCGAAGAGCUCCUCGACCGGUUGUUCAAGAAGAAUGUUGUCACUGAAGCAGAGGUCAAAUUGUAUAUCAGACAAAUUUUGGAAGGAAUCAAGUAUCUUCACGACAACAACAUUCUUCAUUUGGACAUUAAGCCUCUGAAUAUCCUCAUGGUUUAUCCUGAAAGGGAAGACCUCAAGAUCUGUGACUUUGGAUUUGCUCAGAAGAUCACUCCGUAUGAGCCUCAGUUCAGCAAAUAUGGGUCUCCAGAGUUUGUUGCCCCAGAAAUUGUGUCUCAGUCACCAGUCUCAAAAGCGACUGAUAUCUGGGCUGUUGGAGUCAUCACAUACUUAAGCCUAACGUGCAAGUCUCCAUUUGCUGGGGAGAACGACAGAGGAACUCUUCUAAAUAUCCAGAAUGGUGACAUUUCUUGGACCCUUCCUGAUUUUGUUCACUUGAGCGAAGACGCAAAGGAUUUUAUAAAACAAAUCCUACAGCAGCGCCCUGAAGCCAGGCCUAGCGCUUUGGACUGUCUGUCGCACAAGUGGUUCAUGCAUAAUCUACCCCUUGAAGCAGCUCAUUUCAUUAAUACCAAGCAGCUCAAAUUCAUUGUGGCUCGGAGCAAGUGGCAGCGGUCUCUGAUGUGCUAUAAAUCCAUACUGGUAAUGCGAUCCAUUCCAGAAAUCCUAGAAAGGACUCAUGACAACACCUCUCUGGCCAUCUCCCGACAUCUUGUUGAAGAAAGCACUUCCUCCAGUACGAGUGGUUCCUCUUCAGACAAUGAGAACUCACACUUCCCCAAGAAGAGGCACUUCGGCUCUACCCCUGAACUGCACUUGUCCAUCUUUGAUGCACCAAGUGGUCAGGAACCUCCAAAACAUGCAAGUGAAGAGAAGCACACCAAAAUCUUGGCCCCUCCAGUAAAACCCAUGAGGAGGAAGUAUGCUUCAAUGAAGGGUGAGGUAAGGGACAGAUCACCCACAGAAAGCGAAGAGCUCAUGGCAAGUACCUUAGGACAGAAAGAGGAAGAACUUCAUCCCAAACUUCAAGACGAAAGAGCAGGGCUGUCCCCAAAAAGUAGUGCACCUGAACCUUCAUCAAUGAAGAUUUCCACAGAUGACACAUUGGGUCUACGUCAGAAAGAAAAAACAGCCACAUUUUUAUCUGAUAAGGACAAGAUUGAAAAGGCUAGGGAUGGGACAGAAAAACCACCUAUAUGUGUUCCUAGAGAGAGUGUCAUUAAAAGCACUUUCUACAGCCAAGCAGCUGAGCUUCCUGCAAGGGGCUCUUCCUCUCCGGGCAGAGAGCUCAGAAGGCACUUGGACAGAGCCAGGAGGACUUUCCGGAAAGCUGGAUAUUCAAAGGUGCCCCUCAGUGGUCUCCGUGAACCCCUUCUAGAACACUUUGAGCUGGAAGAAGAAGAAGAAAGGAAGUCUGAUGAUGGAGAUGGUGGAGGGCACAGGGAAAGUCUGCUUGGUCCCUUGACCAAAUCAGCUUCAUUUGAUACUGCAAGGAAACCAUCACAUCCUGCCAUUGCUGGUUCUAGCCGAAGCCGUUCUCUGGAUGAUUACAGGCUGAGGGCUUCAAGAUCGGUGAGGGAACAAGACAUUUUGGAGGAAGACUAUGAUAUAAUGUUACAGGAAAGUUGCCCUGAAGGCAGUCACCACUGUGACAUUUCCACUGAGUCAAGCAAAGCAUAUUCUGUAGAUAUUUCAAAGCAAGAGGAUGCUAGCAGAACCAGAAAGGAUUGUUCAGAAGAGCAACUCUCUCCUUCCACGCAAUGUGAGGGUAAUGGGUGCCCAGCUGUCACUGUGCAAAGGUUAGGGAGACUUCCAGUGUCACCUGAUAGGAGCAAGAAGAGGAAGCUUUUAUUUAAGAAGUCAAAAGCUACUCACAUGGAGGAGGAAGCUGAUGAUUUAGAAGACAAAAGCCCCAUUCUGACUGCUCAGCAAUCAGAUAUAACUGCACCAUCAGCUCAAAAGCAUGAAGGCAUUCAGGCUAAAUCUCUCUCUGACGGUGCUUCUGAGACAGCUCUUCAGGAGGGCAAGCAGCACAUUUCAGCUCUUCCACAGCCAGAGACCACCUCCAAGUCAGCCCCUGCAAGUAAGAGAGGACUGUAUCUGCACCAGGAGUCAAAGCCCUCUGCUGACAACCAUCUUGAUCUAAAAGGUGAAAGCUUCCUUAUUAAAAGGACUACUUCAAUUCCACCUUGUAAAGACAAAAGCCAGAAGCACCCACUUCAGAAGCCUUCUGCUCACAGUGAUGCUAAGUCUGAUCUUACAGAGUGUGAUAAGCCUGCGAUUUUAACAAGCCCCCAAACAGAAACAGAUUCAUCUCCAGUACAUAAGGACAAAAGUCAGGAACUUUUUGAUCAAACUAUUCUAGUAACUACUAUCUUGGAGGGCAAAGAGCCAGGUUUCCGAACAGCUCUGCAAACAGCUGACAAAAAUACUCAUCAGCAGCUGAAGACCUAUAAAGAGGUGAGCUCUGCUGUCUUGGAGGAUGAAGGACCAGGUGUUGCAGGGGUUGCUCCAGUAUCCGGUGGUAAUGGUGAAGGCCAAGUACACAAAAUGCCCUCGGAUCAUGCAGGCACAGCAGCAGCAGCAGCUCUGAAAGGAAAGAGUCCCGUUGUCCUGAAAGUCCCACCACCAAAACCAAUGCCAACUUCUGUCUCCAGCAGAGCACACCAAGCAGAAAAGGAACGGUCAGCUUAUAGCAAGGAGAGGCUUGCUGCUCUGAAGGGUGAAGGUUCAGCUCUUGAAGAGACUGUUCCCAUUUUGAUCCGUGAGGCUGAAAUCAAGGGAGCUGAACACUGGAAGGCUUCUCAGUGCCGUGGCACAGUGCCUGCUGUUCUGGAGGGCAGACCCCCAGCUGCAACUACUUCACCACAGGGUAUUAGCCUCCCUUCAGUCUAUGAGACUGAAAAGCAAGAACAUGCACAGCUAUCACUUUGUAGUGAGGUGAGAUCUGUUGUCUCAAGAACUGGAAGCCCAGCUGCCGGACAGCCUGUCCCUGCUUCUUUCUCCAAGACUGAAGGUCAGGCAUAUGAGCAGCACAAGGCUGCGUAUGACAGUGGCAAAGUUUCUUCUGCUCUGGAGGGCGUGCAUCCAGGUAUUUUAACUGUUUCACAACCAGAAGGUUUCCCAGCUUCCGUCUAUGAGCUAGAACAUGAGGAACACCCAAAAGUUUAUGGGGGAGAAGUUUAUGAGGGAAGAGGUGCUGCCUCAGAGACUGGAAACUCUGAUGCUCAAAAAACUGUCUCAUCAUUGCUCCAGGAGAAUCAAAGUCAGGAGCUCUCACAGCAGAGGUCUUCUUUUUACAGUGACGAAGAGUCUGCUGCACUGGAGGGCUUAGUGGAUGAAAUGGUUUUGCUUUCUGAAGAGAUGAACGUUUGGGCAGAGUCGGUUUCUGCUCAGGAGGAAUGCAAAAAGCACGUCUCUUCUCCCAUAGAGAUGUUCUACAACGAGCCUGGUGACCAAGCACCUAUGGCAAGUCCCUUUCCUUCUGGUCAAAGCAGCAGAGGAGGAGAAGUCUCUGAGCUAGAAGAUACCACAGAACCCUACCUUGCUGUGCAUGAGGAGUCAGGUGUACUGAAAGAACAGGAAACACAAAUGGUUCCUCAUGAAUGUGAGCAUCUGGAGGACUUAGCAUUUGAAAGCCUCAGUUCUAGACAAGUAAGCAUUUCCCAGACCGAUAGCCUGGAUUCUGGAAAAAAAAUCAGUCAAGUGUCAGUGAGAAAGGACACUGGUAAACACCCAGAAGUGUCUUUAGUGAAAAUCAAAGAUCUGUCAGAUGAAGCACCCAGUCUUGACAGUGGAACGCCAAAACUUGACAUAUCAGAGGUAGAGCCUGCCUAUUUGAAUUUCUCGGAUUUGUAUGACAUUGUCUAUUUUCCAUUUGAAUUUAUGAACUUCAGGAAGCCUCCACCCAAACCAACUGGUAGGCGAUUUAUACCUUUUAGUGAAAGGGCAAGGUCACCUCCUGCAGGACAUCUGCAUAAGGAUAAACGAUUGUGCAUCAGAGAAGAGGCAGGAGAGAGGAACAAACGAAACCAUUUGGAAAUAUCUGAGAAUUCAAAGGCAUCGAACCUCUUAGCCAUGGGGAAAGGGUCAGAGAGUCAUAAGGAAUUGUACGGCUUGCAAAAGGACCCAAGCGGUAAGCAGAAAAGCUCCUACAGCAAGCCAGGACUCUUUAAACCCUACGGAAGAUCUCAUUCAGUGGAGCAGCCAGUGGAGCAGAGUCUGAAGAAGAAAGUUAAAGCUUCUGUUGCCCACAUUUCAAGAAUCCUGAAAGGAAAGACAGUUCCUGAGCAAGAGACGGAGGAAGGGAUUGGUGUGCUGGGAAGUGAAGCAGUAGAAAAAGAACCGUUAACAGGAGCUGAAGGAUCUUUGAAGAGGAAAUCGGGACUGUCUUCUUUCAAAUUAUCAAGUCUCAUGCCAAAGGAGAAAGCACCUUUAUUUGUUGAAGAGCUCAUAGACCAGGCUACUGCUGUAGGACAGUGUGUAACUCUGUCCUGCCGGACGGCGGCUCACUCCUCCCUGCACAUCAACUGGUUCAGAGAUGGGAUACCCGUCCACAGCAGCAAUCGGAUCCUCAUCUCAACCACACUCAAAAACUUCCAGCUGUUAACUAUUCUCUCUGUUAAUGCUGAUGAUUUUGGUAUUUACACUUGUGUGGCCACCAACUCUCUGGGCUCAGCAUCCACCUCUUGCAUCAUAAGAAAAGCUGAAGUUCCUCCAAGCCCUCCACCCCCUGACGUUGUGGAAGUCUACAAGGAUGGAGUGCAGGUGGUCUGGAAACCUGUGGAAACCAACACCCCUGUCCUCUACACUGUGCAGUGCCAGAGUGAAGAUGGGGAGUGGAAGACCCUUGCUACGGACAUUGCUGACUGCUGCUACUAUGCAAAUAAUCUCUCCAGGGGAUCUGUUUACUGCUUCAGGGUCGCCUGCGUCAGUAAAGCGGGAAUGGGCCCUUACAGUAACCCAUCUGACAAAGUGAAGAUCAGUGAAGAAGACGAAAUGGAGUUUCAUGCUGCAAUGCAGAACUUCCCAUCAGGUGCUACUGAAGAAGAGAGUGAAAUAAUAGCGCCAUCCGAACCUUUCCCAACCUACCAAACCUAUGCCUUCCAAACAGAGAUCAAAAGGGGGCGUUUCAGCAUCGUCCGACAGUGCAGGGAAAAAGUAAGUGGCAAGACUUUAGCUGCUAAAAUCAUCCCUUACUGGCAAGAGGACAAACAGGCUGUGCUGCUGGAAUACCAAGUCCUGAGGAAGCUUCAUCAUACAAACAUAGCUCAGCUGAAGGGAGCCUAUGUCAGCCCACGACACUUAGUGUUGAUCCAGGAGAUGUGUGUGGGACCAGAACUACUUCAUUUUUUGGCACUACGGCCAUCCUACUCAGAAGUGGAGAUCCGAGAUUAUCUGUGGCAGAUCCUCAGUGCAGUUGAGUACCUCCAUGCACACAGCAUCCUGCACUUGGAUCUCAGGUCUGAAAACAUGAUCAUCACAGAGCCCAACCUGCUGAAACUCCUUGACUUUGGCAAUGCACAGUUCUAUACACAAGACAAAGUUAUUAUCUUGGACAAGUGCAUGGACUAUGUUGAAACCAUGGCACCAGAACUUUUGACAGAGCAGGGAGCCCUCCCUCAGACCGACAUCUGGUCCAUUGGAAUCACAGCAUUCAUUAUGUUGAGUGCCAGCUACCCUGUCAGCUCUGACGUACCCUGUGAAUUUCUGAGAAUAACCAGGAAGGGGAAAGUGAAGCUCACGCGAUGCUAUGCCGGUCUCUCUGGAGGAGCAGUGUCAUUUCUGCAGAGCACGCUGUGUGCAAAUCCCUGGGGAAGGCCAUCAGCCUCAGAGUGCCUUCAGAGCCCAUGGCUGCAAGAGACAGGCUUGGACAACAGACAGCAAGCACUAGUCACCUUUCCCACCACCAAACUGAGGAAUUUCCUCAUGGAACGGGAAAAGAAAAGAGGCCAGUUGUGCUCCAAGUACGGCCUGAUGGUUGCACAGUGAAGUGGAUGAGAAGACAGCAGUGAAUUGUCUCCCUCCCUGCUUCUGCAUUUAGUGUUUGGUACCAAAGGAUGCCGUCAAGUUACUGUGCAUCAGCUGAGUUAGGGUGGCUGCCUGGAGUCGUGCGUGUAGCUCUCUGUGAAUGCAGUUCAGCGUAACUGUGAACAAACCUAGUUCUUGCAUCUGCCGCAGGAUAGGAACGAAUGCGCAGACUGUUAACAUGGCUCAUCUGACCGAUGGUAACUUGACAGUGUGUGUGUCACUUGGCUCCAGGCUUCCUGGAAUAACCAGGACAGAUUUAUCUAGCCAGUUUUGAAUGGGAUUAGCUACCAUCCCCGAGUAGCUUUGCAAAUCCUUCCCUGAAGUGAGAAAAAAAUGCUCUGCAUGCAAACACAAAGACUUCUGGCCUUGGUCCCAAGACGCAGCCCCAGACAACCUUUACUGCACUGCUCAUCCCACAGUAACAACUGCAGCAACGUUUCAGUGACAGAUGGGCUUUCUCACCUGCCUCCAGUCUGAAAGAAUUCAAUAAACACCUGCAACUGGAAAAUAGCCCUGAGGAAAGGAGGAGUUAGGAAAGGUGGUAAUUAGAUGUAGGAUGGAAUCAGAGUAAAUAUCGGAAAGAUUCACCAAGGGGAAAUAGUACAAGGUAUAGCACCUGCCUCUUUUUCAACUGAUGGUGAAAAGCUGUGUAUCUAAGGCUUUGGACUUAAAGGCCCAGCUGGUUAAAGCUCUGAACAACCUGAUCUGAGCCAAUAGCUGACCCUGCUUUGAGCAAAAGAUUAGACUGGAGACCUCCUGACAUCACUUCCAAUCUGACCUAUCCCAUGAUCCUGCAUAUUUGCCAUGUACUAGACUCAAGGCUGGAGCAGUGGGACUUUGCCAGCAUCCACAGGCAGCUGGGCUCAGCAUAUCACUUGCCCACCAAACACAUGACUAGACAGCACUGUCCUCACAGGGCCUUGCCACCCAAGCUAGAGGAGAAUGCUUCUAGCUGUGGAGAAGCUGUGAGGGGAGGUACAGUUAUGCGUUAUGUGCGUGACGGUGUUAGUGUAGAUGGGGGCUUUCCAGUAACUGGUGAGUUGCAUCUCUGCCUUAUCCUAAUCUUGCAAGUGGCGAGACCUUGCUUUGCUUUGAGCAGAGCUACUGUUCUCCAUGGGUGCCCAACCUUCAUGGUUUGUAAAACCAUGGAGCUUUGCUUUUCUUUGGACCGUUAUUUGAAGUCUCCUACUAGAUAUUGAAGUGGACUUGCCUAUCACAUGAGAUCUUAAAGCAACCCCUUCCCUGUCUUAUCUGCAUCUUUUGUCUUAGAAAUGUGUUAAAGAGCAAACCCGUGAAAAGACAGCUUUGCCAAGCUGUGACUUGGUGUAUGGGCUUCUCAAGGAAAGAAGUUCCCUUGCAGGAAGAAGAAAUCUCCUUGUGGGAGAUGCAGCAAAACCAGGGAUCCUCAGUGAGACCGUUACGGUCAUUUUGCUAGAUGCCUGCACAUUAAAAGCCCUCCUUUACUAGGCUGCAUUAUAAAUUUUCAGCACGGCAACAACGUUGUUUUUGAAAGAACUGAAGAUCUCUGGAUAGAGGAAACCUACUUUGACCUGUGUGGUGCAGGUGGUUCAUGCUGCUGGUCGCUCUGGCCUUUUCUGGACAGAACAUGCUUGCUGUGCUCUAGCGGGUACAGCAAACCUUCUACGAGCACGAGGAAAGAGAAGUUGGGUCUGGGACUGACCAGCAAUUGCACUCAAAUAAUCACGGAGUAGUACAAUUCUCACCUUUGCAGUCCACAGACAACCUUAGGCUUCACUCUCCCUGUCAGCCUCAGUUUUAGCUGCUGAGACCAGGGAGGACAUCCAGAAUGCUCUCAGGCCAUGUGAGCAGCAUGUUGGAGAAAAGUUGAUUAGACGGUACUUUCGCUUCGGAUGGCUUUAAAUGUGAUUGCACAGCAGUAAACGCAAUAAUGACCGUGACCUCAAUACGCACAGAAGAUUUAUUGCUAAGAAACUUCAGCAGUCCAAAGAGCAGCUGCUGUUUUCUGGGGAAUGCACAGGCACACCUAUCCAGAGACGCGAAAGUGGUGCCGUCGGCAAAUGCCAUAGGUUUUGAUUCUUCAGAAAAAUCCAAAGUGUCCUGAAGUUUCAUGUACCUCUGGCCUUCAGAAAGUGCUGGGCAUUGCUUCCCUUUCCCGUGGGUGGUAUCAGCUGUGUAAUUUCUUUUUUACUUAUAAUCUCAGUGUGGCUUUGUGUUUCUGUGAAGUGAAAAUGUAUCUAUUGGUUCUGCUGAGUUUCCUGAGUUUUCCUCACGAGCUACGUGUGAUAGGAUGCUUUCUCAGAGCAGCACCUGGCUGUGUUGAGAGGGAGGAGGACAGCAAAUCUGUUCCUGAUGUAUUGCAGUUUGAUACCAUCACGUAGAAGUGACUCUGUUUGAGCAGCGGCAGUGCUUUCCAUCACGUUCAACCCCAUACUGUUGAAAACCUGAAGCGUGCAGCGUUACGAGUCCUUCUCUGGUACAGUAUAGAAAGGGUCACUGAGAGCAGAGGAGCUUUUGCUGUGCUGGCAGAGCAGACAUGGAUUAGACCAUAAAGCUUUGAAUGUCGAAGUUAUCUUGUCUUUUUGAUGCAAGAAAGAAGAGAAACCAAAGUUUUUUAAGGCCAGACUCCAUGCCCGAUUCUCCGGGGAGGGCAGAGGCAUUACAGGAGACAGGCACUGUUGUGAGAUCCAGCCCAUUAAACUUUUCAGGACCCCGGGUUCCUUCCCGUUUAACUUAUUUUACAAAUCCAAGGAGGUUUCUGUUGGCUCAGCCUCGUUCUUUAUUCUUGCUGGAGCACUUUGGGAUGGAAGGCUUAAUGAUGGGGGACAACCUGUCGAAGUAUAAAACUUUGAUGGCAGAUUAGCUCACCUGGAGCUUUGACACUGCUCUUUCUCGUAUGACUCAAAUGAAGUGAUUUUUGCUUUUCACGUUUGCAUGCAUUUGAGCAUGUCUGAAGUCUUUUGUAGAGUCAACAUUGUUUUCUUAACUAAUGCUGAAUAAACCGUUCUGACAAAGAAGUAAAGCCGGAUUUUUCUGUGGAA